UUGGAAUGCUUUGGAUUCAACAGUUCGCUGAGAAACGGCUCACGUAGAGGAACUAUCUCGGUUUCUUUAGCCUUUCCCGGGAUUUUUAAACUUCUACUCAGCAUCUCACACAUUCACGUGAGUCUUGGAGCUCUUGAGGGUGCCUGUCUGCACUUAUGCGAGAGAGUGUUUGGGAGAUUUGUAACGGUUAAGUUAGAUGGAUCCUCGGGUGGCUUGGAUUCAACCCGAACAGAAAGGACCUGCCAACGCUUUAUGGAUGCGCGUAUGGGAAACCUCGCAAAGGCGAAACCACUGUCACCCGCUGCGGGUGAACACACCUGCGUUGGCAGCCGGUUUCAUGAAGCAGUUAACGCUGGUUCACACCAACACAGUUUUAAAACCUAUUAACAAUUUCACCAAACAGCCUUGCAAUGAUGGUGGUUCCAUGAGAUCUCCAUACGCAUGUUCUGGUCCCGCACCUCUUUAUGUCACCCCUGUCGAGGUCAACGUCUGUGAUUCUUUAUCACCUCUAUCUUCAGCGGAUUCUGAAAGUGACAGUCCGACAUCAGAUUCAUCACAUACUAGUGGUGACGGUAUGAGCUCAAGUCCAGCCAAAAUUCACUUUAAGUUCACCGAACACAUGCAUAAUGUCAAUAACUGUUUACAACAACAACAUUAUCAGCGGCUACAGACUCAAAUAAUGAUGGACAACCAGCUUAAACACCAUGCAGAACGAAAGAGACAUGGCAAUAAAACGAGCACACAUGGAAUUAACCACUUUCUGUUCCACUCUAAUGACCGUUAUUUAAGUGGGACCCCAUGGGCAACCAGAAGAUACAGUCUAGGUGUUAAUGGCCUGCAUGAGGAGAUUGUGGAUUUUUAUCAUUUCAUGUCCCCACGUCCAGAAGAGGAAGCAAUGAGGAGAGAUGUUGUCAGUCGUAUUGAAGCUGUAAUCAAAAAUCUGUGGCCUACAGCAAAGGUUGAAAUAUUUGGCAGCUUCAGUACAGGACUUUAUCUUCCUACCAGUGAUAUUGACCUGGUGGUGUUUGGAAAAUGGGAACAAGCACCCCUGCAGCAGCUGGACCAGGCCCUCAGGCAGAACAAUGUGGCUGAGCCCUUCUCCAUCAAACUACUUGACAAGGCUACGGUACCAAUAAUUAAACUGACUGACAGAGAGACAGAUGUGAAGGUAGACAUCAGCUUUAAUGUUGAAACUGGUGUCAAAGCAGCUCGGUUUAUCAAGGAUCAUCUUAAGAAAUACUCAGUUUUGCCAUACCUGAUCUUUGUGCUGAAGCAGUUUUUGCUCCAGAGAGAUUUGAACGAGGUGUUUACGGGUGGUAUCAGUUCCUACAGCCUCAUUUUAAUGGCCAUCAGCUUCUUGCAGCUCCAUCCCAGAAUAGACUGCAGAGCUUCUAAUAUUAAUUUGGGCAUCCUGCUCAUUGAAUUCUUCGAAUUGUAUGGACGGCAUUUUAAUUAUCUGAAAACAGGCAUCCGUGUGAAGGAUGGUGGAGCGUAUCUGGCCAAAGAGGAGAUCAUGAAGGUCAUGGAGAAUACGUACAGACCCUCAAUGCUCUGUAUUGAGGACCCAAACUUACCAGGAAAUGAUGUCGGCCGGAGGUCUUACGGUGCCAUGCAGGUGAAGGAGGUGUUUAAUUAUGCAUACCUCAUCUUGAGUCACACUGUCUCUCCACUAUCUCGCUCCUACCCCAACAGAAAUAUGGAAAGUACAUUAGGACGUAUCAUUAAAGUGACCCAGGGAGUAAUUCGCUACAGGGAGUGGAUCAUUCAGCAGCAGGGGAACAGACACAAUGCCAGGAAGAUUGACAUUAAAUUCCAGAAUGUUGUAGAUUUGGAGAAGACCUCAGGUGAGAAGCAGCAGAGAGACUCCUCAUCACCACUCAGUGCUGGUUCACCUUUGUCCCUGUCCAGCCUUCAACUGCACUCUUCAUCAUCUUCCUCUGUGUCCUCACUGUCUGGGAGUGAUGAUUCUGACACACCGUGCAAAGCUUCAGAUCUUCACGAAUUCUUCCCAAUGUCUUGCAUGACUGAUACCAAUCAGAAACCACAGAUAAAAGCAAACUCAUCUGGAACUUUUCUACACUCUGGAAGUCAAAAUGGCCAGAGAUUCAAGCGGCCUCCACACACUAAUUGUUUAGAGCGUAACAUUGUGCAUGUUCCCAGAGGACAUCAUCCUCAGUAUGGCCGUAACGGCUGGCGUCGUCGUCGAAGGGAUACCGUUCCCAUGAGCCUCAGCAGAUAGUUCCAACCACUCAUCUACGACUUCUGCCCAAGACCAAGAAUGUGGGCCACAUACCUUUUGUUUUUCUAGGUCAAAGGUAACACUUCUAUUUAAGAUGGGCACUGUCUGAAAUUGCACUUUGAUUUGUUUUGUCUAGUGCUCUUCCUGUGACUACACAUUUAAAUGUUCCUGUUUUCAUUUGUACAUAUUCCUCCUAUUUUUUUUUUUCCGUAUGACAGUGUCUAAUACCUUUUUUUAUUUACUGAUACGUUGUUAAUUUUUCAUCUAUUCUUAUUGCUUUUCAGAAUAUUUUUGAUAACAAAUCUUGUCGCGGUACCACUAGGCUGUGAUUUGCUUUUGUACUGUAAAUCUUUACGUAAUAUACUAUCUUUGUGCAAUAUUUUUAUUUUAUUUUAGUUCAAUUUUAAUUUUCUUAAAUUGAAUGUAAAUUGACAUUAUACUAUGGAUUACUUUGUAUGUACUUAUUGUAUCAUGUUCAAAUCCAUAUCACAACCAGUUUUAUUGUUGGGAUUGUGGUUUUGUGCAUGUUAAAAUCUUGUGUGUACUACAUAUUACUUGCUAUCUGCUGGCCUUUCAGGCAUGCACUUAAGUUUGUAACUUAACAUUUGCUCUGUAUCAAAAUCAUCUCCCCUCUCAGACUUGUAUACUGCCAUCCAUGUUGCGUGUAAUUUAACACUUUAAAAAGUAUCCGGUGAAUACUUGAAUAUCUUGAUUAACCAAUUAGUAUUUGCUGGUGAUCUCCCGAUUAAGGACAUUCUAUUUUUCUAAAAUUUAAAGAGUUUUUAAUGGUCCAUAUGUUCUCUUGCAUUUGACCUUUUCCCCUUCACCCUCAGAUGCAUGUAUUGAUCAAAAUGUGGUCUUCUUGGACCACAUUUUACUACAAGAUGGCGACUCUGCAUCCACCUAGUAUAUUUCUUUUUAAUUUUUUAAAAUUUGCCAUGAAGCUCACCAUGCUUGUACAAAACAUUUCACACAAAAAUAUUUUUGUUCCAUAACACACAUUUUUGCAUGAAAACCUGAUUCUAGUUUCUAAGGCCUCCCUGAUUCAAAUAAGAGGCUUUAUUGUUACAAGUGUCUUGAAAGUGGAGUUUUGCGUCAAUGCAGUGAUUAAAAUCAAGAAAUUAAACACUAAAGGAUCUACAAAGAUAGUCCUCUCACCUGAAUGCAGGUGAUAUUUGAAUGUAAUGUAUGAUGUCUUAUGUUUAAGACCUUUUUUUCCCCAAUAUUUUUUAUGUAUGUUUUGUAUUCAAGUUAUUUUUAAAAUAAACAUCUUAAACUGCU